AUGGCGGAAGACACUCUUUAUAACCAGCCAGUGGUGAUCGACAACGGGUCAGGCAACCUCAAGGCCGGUUUUGCAGGUGAUGACAAGCCCAAGGCGUUUUCGCUGGCCAUCAUUGGCCGACCCAAGUAUCAGAAAAUCAUGGCGGGAUCAAUAGGCAUGGGACGAGAUGAUAUAGGUGAUACAUUCAUAGGCAAUACUGCCCAGGAAUACCGAGGGCUUUUGAAGCUCAGCUACCCAAUUGAACAUGGUGUGGUCACCAACUGGGACGACAUGGAGAUGCUCUGGAACCAUGUGUACACUCAGGAUCUUAAAGCCAAUGCAGAGGAGCAUCCGUUGUUGAUUACAGAAGCACCAUUGAAUCCCCGGCAAAACAGAGACAAGAUGUGCCAGGUGCUCUUUGAGUCGUUCAACGUCCCGUGUGUGUACAUCUCCCUCCAGGCGACGUUGUCGUUAUACGCAUCCGGACGAACCACGGGAGUGGUGAUAGACAGUGGAGACGGAGUCACCCAUAUAGUACCAUCGUACGAAGGCUUUGGAUUGCCGACGUGUAUCAAAAGAAUGGAUAUCGCGGGGCGUGAUGUGACGGAGCAGUUGGUGUACCAUAUACGAAGAAUGUCCGGAGUUUCAUUCAAAAGCAGUUCUGAGUUUGAGCUCGUGCGGACCAUUAAGGAGAAAUACUGUUUUGUAUCGAAUGAUCCGUCCAAGGACGAAAAGGUGUACUCCUCGGCCGCCUAUAGCCAUUACCUCCUGGCGGCACGGCCGGAGCUGGAGUCCGAGUUGGUGUCCCACUUCAAGUUACCUGAUGGACAUAUUUUGCAGCUAGGAAGCGAGCGAUUCAGGUCCACCGAAAUCCUCUUCAACCCGCAAUUGGUGGGAGACGAGUCGCCAGGAAUCUCGCAGUUGACGGCAUUGUCGUUGUCCAAAGUCGAUCUUGAUCUCCGGCCCACCCUUUACAGUAGCAUUAUUCUUUCGGGGGGUAAUACCUUAUUGCGAGGAUUUGGUGAUAGGCUUCUCAGUGAUCUCAAGCACCAACAAGGCCAGCACAUGACAGGGACCCCGGUGUGGAGCACUACCCGGAACGACCAAUACGACACGAAGAUGAAGGUGAAGAUAUACGCUCCUCCAGAGAGAAAGUACUCUACGUGGGUGGGAGGUAGCAUUUUGGCGGGUCUCUCGACGUUUAAGAGAAUGUGGGUCACGUCGCAAGAGUACCAGGAAGACCCUGAUAUUGUGCACAGAAAGUGUAUAUAG